AUGGGGUUCACCACCGGCUUCACAAGCGGUGUCACACUCACACUCGGCCUUGCCUACCUCACAGUCCUCGCACAUGAGCGGAAUCGGUCAUCUCAAGCCCAAUCCCUCCGUUCACAAUCACGGGUUCUAGAAGGCCUCCUCCAGCCCACCCCUCUACCCCCGCCACAAAGCCGUGCAGAACUUGCCCGUGAAGAAAGAAGUACGUUAACAGAAGCCGCCAAGGACCGAUGGAAUGCAGAGGUUGAGAAUGCCGUGCGGUGGGUGCAGAGAACAGAUUGGGAUGAGGCGAGAGAGGGUAUAGUGGGUUCAGUUUCGCGAUUGCUUGGUGGAGGCAUACAGAAGUCAAGGGAUGAAAUUGAACAUCUUGAGAAGGUAUCUGCACAUAAGGUUCAGGAAGCUAUUGAUCAGAGUAAAUCUGCGGCAAAGCACGCCAAGGAUCAAGCUGCUGAAUAUCGAGAUACUGCGGCGGCAAAAGCCGUCAGGGCCACGGACGAAGCAAAAUCAGGGGCAAUCGCUGUCAGUGACUCCAUCCGGAGGAGUGGUGGAACGGUCGAUGCAGCGCGUGGUGCUGUAAGAGACGCUCUAAGCAAAGGAGUUGAGAAGGGCAAAGAGGCCAUUGACAGAGCACAAGCAGCUAUUGGGCUUGCGGAAGAGAAGAUCGAAUCUAAAGCACAAUCAUCUGCUAUAAGCCAUUCUUCGGCUGUUGAGAAAGCACUGCAUGAAAGAUAUGAGAAGCCUAAUGGACUUGAUAAGAGCGUGGAAGAAACCUUGGAGGAGCGGUACAAACCGGUUGAGUCGGAGGAUCCUACAAAAUUGCGGGGACUGUUCUUGAAGAGGUAUCAAGCACAAAUCACAACAGCUGCCUCUGCUACCCUGGGUCUUUAA